CAGGAUCUUUUCCGUGUGAAACACUGAUCGUGUCUGCAACUCAACCCAGAAAUAUUUCAACAUCCCACGCUCGGUUGUUCAAAUUGUUCCAAAGAAUCAACUUGGUGGAAUAGAGUUGGAGACACAUUUCAACCUUUGCUAUCAGAAGAGGGGGACAAGAUUUGCAGUCUGGAAACUGAAACCACACAUCACAUCAGGAUCUGACACAGUCGCCAAAUUUAUCGUGGCCUUAUCAUUGGAUUUUGAACAUGGAAGGAAAAAGCACCAUUCACAGUGGGGAGAAACCGCACACGUACUGUCACAAUGAAGAGAAACCAUGGAAAUGUGGAGACUGUGGGAAGAGAUUCAGUUUCCCGUCUGAACUGGAAACUCAUCGGCGCAGUCACACGGGAGAGAGGCCAUUUACAUGUCCCAGGUGCGGGAAGGGAUUUACACGGUUGUCUGGCUUCCAUAGACACCAGAGAAGUCACACUGGGGAGAAACCAUACACGUGCUCUGUGUGUGGACGAGGCUUCAGCCAAUCAUCUGGCCUGUCAAAACAUAAAUGCAGCCACACUGGGGAGAAGCCGUGGAAAUGCGGGGAUUGUGGGAAGGGAUUCAAUUAUCCAGCUCAGCUCGAAACUCAUCGGCGCAGUCACACCGGGGAGAGGCCGUUCACCUGUUCAAAGUGUGGGAAGGGAUUCACUCUUUCAUCCAUACUGCUGAGACACCAGCGAGUUCACACCGGGGAGAGGCCGUUCACCUGCUCCGAGUGUGGGAAGGGAUUCACUCAGUCAUCCCACCUGCUGACACACCAGCGAGUUCACACUGGGGAAAAACCGUACACCUGCUCUGAAUGUGGGAAGGGAUUCAUUAAUUCAUCUGACCUGCUGACACACCAGUUAAUUCACACUGACGAGAGACCCUUUAAAUGCCCAGACUGCUGGAAGUACUUUAAAAGUUACAGGGAUGUGAUGCGCCAUCGACAUAUUCACACUGACAAGAGGCCAUUCAGGUGCUCUCACUGUGGGACAGAGUUCAGGAGAUCAUCUCAACUCACUGUACACCAGCGAGUUCACACUGGGGAGAGACCAUUCACCUGCUCCGAGUGUGGGAAGGGAUUCACUCAGUCAUUCACCCUGAUGAGACACCAGCGAGUUCACAAUCACACUGGAAAGAGGCCAUUCACCUGCUCCGUGUGUGGGAAGGGAUUCAGUCAGUCAUCCAACCUGCUGACACACCAGCUUAUUCACACUGAGGAGAGGCCGUUCAUCUGCACUAACUGUGGAAAGAGGUUCAGACAGUCUUCCAACCUCACUGCUCACCAACGAGUUCACACUGGGGAGAAGCCAUUCACCUGUUCUGUGUGUGGGAAGGGAUUUAUUCAGUCAGCUACCCUGCUGACACACCAACGAGUUCAUACUGAAGAGAGGCCGUUCAGUUGCAGUGACUGUGGAAAGAGGUUCAGGCAUUCAGGCCACCUCAUUGUACACCAGCGAAUUCACACUGGGGAGAGACCAUUCACAUGCUCCAAGUGUGGGAAAGGAUUCACUGAUUCCUCCGGCCUACUGACACACCAGCGAAUUCAUACUGGGGAGAGACCGUUCACCUGCAGUGAAUGUGGGAAGGGAUUUGCUCAUUCAUCCAAUCUAGUGAUACACCAGCGAGUUCACACUGGGGAGAGGCCAAUCAUCUGCAUCGUGUGUGGGAAGGGAUUCACUCAGUCAUCCCAACUGCUGAGACACCAGCAAGUUCACAAGUGAUUACAGGGUUUGGAUUCUGCUGCUUUGUUGCUCUUCAUCACAUCCAGGACUGGACCAUGUUCAUUCUGACAGUUGGGGUUUGUUUCUGCUGAUGUUAAUAAUCCCUGUAACUGGGCUGUAGUUUAAUAUUCUGGAAUCCAAAGCUGAUUGUGUUCUCGGGGCUGCAGUGUCCCUUUAAGAACCGCUGUCUCUGAUCUUUCCCCAUAAUUCAGGAACUUUCAUCAGAAAUUAGUUUACAACAAGGUUCUGAACUUUUACCUCAAUCCUAAAUUGAUCUUUGAUACGAACUGUACAAUUCAGUGUCUGAGUGGUUCCACUGAUUAACAUCUCCAAUUAGAAAGUGCUGAUUAAUCCUUGCUGACAAUUCUUACUGACUUGUACAUUACUCACAGUGACACCUCCAUUAUCCACCAGAAAGAAGGGGAAUGGGAAUUGGUGGAGAAUUGAGAGUUCCCAAAUGUUACCCCUUCCGCCUGGUACAGAAAUCCUCUCAGCACAGGAAUAGAGACAAGUUCAAUCCAAGCAACGGACGUAAGAAAUCACUAUUUAAUUCUCUUGCUCUCUCUCUCGCUCUCUGUCUUAUGAGUAAAUAUUCCAUUGCAGCUUGCUGGCUGACAAACACAGGACAGGCCUGUUAUCUCUGCCAAGGACAUGUCUCCAGCACAGGCCCUGAAACAAGACAUUUCUAACCCUGACACGAUUGGAUCUCAUGACCCAUCUGUUGUAAAGGUUAAAACAGGCUCUUGAGAGCACAGAGAUUAUGAGGUGAUCCAUACUGGCUUCAGCCCAAUACUCACACUCUGGCUCACACCAGGUAAUCGUUCAGAGGAGUUAGACACCACCAGCUACAGAGACCAGCACUCACUCUGCAUCAUCCGUCCAUUUGUCCUCUGGGACCGGUAAACCGUUCUUGCCUGUCAUGGGUUGUGUGUUUUUCAUGUCUAUUUAGCUUACACGUCAUAUUUAAACUGUUGCUUCUCAAUAAACUACUUUAAAAUCACUUCUGAGCUCAACCUCCUUUUCGAGUAUCUGUGAGCCCUAAACCUUACAAGUGGUGUUGAGAAUGGAAUCACAGUCAUCAAGAUCAUAGGCAUGAGAAGCAACAGAUUUAGUUAAACGUGAAUGGAGAAGUUCCUAAGUGAAGCCAGGAGUAUACAAUGGCAUUGACACAUUUCAGGGAGCGACUGAUAGAUAGUCUGACAAAGAAAACAGGCGGGCUGGGUGUGAGAGAUGUCCUGGGGAUUGGAGAAGAAUGUGACCAGGAUUACUAGUAUAUCCUCAAUAGGAUUUCUAAAGAGGGUCAGAAAGAACAAAUUAAGUUGAGGAAGGUCCAGAAUCAGUUAGAAAA